AUGCCAGGCCGCACUUCCCCAACACCUAGUGUCAUGACACAAGAAGCAUACCGAAAGCGAAAAGAGGAGCAGAACAGCGAAGAUGAAGAAGAGAACAUCAACUACGAUUCCGACGACGACAGCAAGCCAAAAAGGCAAAAUGAUCAGCGAAAACGUCAAGAAGCGCAUCUUGCUGGAUACCGACAACAAAUGAUGAAGACGACCGAAGGACCCCCAUCAACAGAACACUCGCGCAUUCCCUCUAUACAAGGUCCUUGGAUGAACAUUCCUGACGACGAUAGCGACGACGACGUCCCGCUGGCUAUGCUGCAGGCUCGGAGCCAACGGGAUCGCAUGUCUCGCUUGGCGGGUGUUCGAUCGAACCCCAAUCUCCGAGCUUCCGCGCAACAACACAUGAUGAGACCCGGUUCGGCGCAAGGAAAGCCCGAUAACGGCUCACAUCUCCGCCUACCAUCCUUUGCAACAAAUCUUCCUCAAGAUCCUUUCCAAGACCCGUUUCAGGAUCCCUUCCAGACAAAGAAGCCCAUGUUUACGGGCGGUUUGAUCAGCGUUAUUGCGAAUGAGGAGCGCGCUAAAGCUUCGCGACGGGGGACGCCAAGUGCUAGUUUUCAAGCACUACAGAACCCGUUUGCUUUGACGGGUGCAUCACCAUACAUGCCUUCACCGUAUGGCGCGCCAAUGCCACAUCAAUUAUCACGGCCACAAACGCCUUCUGGGCAAAUACAUCAGCAAAUACCGCAGGGCAUCCAGGAUCAAAUGCAGUUUAUACAGACGAUGGCGUAUGGCGCACAACAUCAGUCUAAUAAUUCAUGGGGUAGCAUUCCGCAAAGACCGGGGACUAGUGGGAGCAUGGCUCCGGCAGUGAAGCCUGCGCUGCCGGCUUAUGGAGGCUAUGCGCAGAGUAUCCCGCCGGCGGAGAGGAGUAAUGUCGGGUUGCCUAGUCGAUACAGGGCGGUGUCGAAGCAGAAGGCGUAA